GCAAGCGCGUGGGGCUCACAGCUCCCGAGUCCCUGGACUCCACAGCUUGCAGCGUAGCCCUGGAGCACAGUGGCACCGCAGGGCCAGCCGCCUGGGCUAGCUCCGUGCUGAAGGGUUUUUCUCCUGGCAUAGGGGAUGGAAGAAGGGGAAAGGAGCCCCUUGCUGUCCCAGGAUGCUGCCCACUGGGAGCCUCCCCUCCUCACAAACAGACCACCCACCACAAGCCACACUGUUCCACCUAGGGAGGACCAGGUGGGGGCCUGGAGUCGCCGCCGCUGUCCUUCCGGGGCCAAGCACCAAGGCUGGAAGAAAGGCCUGGGGGGAGGCCCAGCCCCCUCCCUCCCCACUGGGUACAGCUGCCUCAAGUAUCUGACCUUUCUCUCCAACUUCCUCUUCUCCUUGCUAGCCCUGCUGGCCCUGGCUGUGGGACUCUGGGGCCUGGCUGUCAAGGGGUCUCUGGGGGGCGGUUGGGGGGGUAUCGUGCCCCCAGACCCCGUGCUGGGGCUGGUGCUGGGGGCACUGGCAGUCAGCACGGUGAGCCUGCUCGGCUGCCUGGGCGCCCUCUGCGAGAACAGCUGUUUCCUGCGCUGCUUCUGCGGGGCUGUCCUCUUCUUCCUGGUGCUCGAGGCCCUGGCUGGGGCCCUGGUGGCAGCCCUCUGGGGCCCACUGCAGGACAGCCUGGAGCACACCCUGCAUGUGGCCAUCACCCACUACCAGGACAGCCCGGACCUGCGCUUCCUCCUUGACCAAGUCCAGCUGGGGCUGCGGUGCUGCGGGGUGGCAUCCUACCAGGACUGGCAGCAGAAUCUGUCCUUUAAUUGCGACUCUCCUGGGACGCAGGCCUGCAGCCUCCCUGCGUCCUGCUGCAUCCGUCCCUGGGAAGACGGGGCUUUGGUGAACACCCAGUGUGGUCUGGGGGCACUGCGCCUGGACGAGGACGCGGCCGGGCAAGUUGUGCACCUGGAGGGCUGCGGGCCUGCGAUGCUGCAGUGGCUGCACAGGAACAUCCAGGCCCUGGGCGGCUGUGCCAUUGCCAUCGUGGUGGUCCAGGGAGCUGAGCUCCUGCUGGCCACCUGGCUGCUGAAGGCCCUGGCUGCUCACAAGACAGUGGAGGCUGUGGAGGCUGGUCCCCUGUGAGCACAGGUUCCUGUGUGGCCUCCCCGCCAGGCACAGCCGAGGAGAGGCUGUGGUAUAGACAGGGCUCCAGGCUUCUCUCACCUGCAGGGUUGGGGGUCAGAGAAACACCCCUCCUCCCCUGCCAGGCCACUGCCCCACAGGCCUCUGGCCUCUGCCACCGGUCAUCCCAAGGGCCAGAUAGACUGGCCACCUGCCCAACUGAGCUCUGGCUGCCCAAAGACCCACCUAAAUCACCUGCUCCUGGCAAAGGCUGUGGUGGCUGAUGUCUGGUGCGUCUGCCUCUGGCUGGUGGGUGUUCUUGCCUCUCCCACCCUUCUUCCACUCCACAGGGCCUUGCCCGUGCUCCGCCCCCAGACCCCACCCGCUCACUGCAAGCACUUCCCUGACCUGAGGGUGAGGCCGGGCUUCUGCCAGAAGUCUGUUUUAGGGGAGGAUAAGCCACUUGCUGAGGUGUGAUUCAUUCAGUAAACUGCCAAUCUCAAGUG